UGUGGCAGGAUGAACCGAGCCAGCCAGUUCUCACCCCACCUCUCCCAGCGGCAGUCACCUCUCCUGAGUGCAGCAGCAAGGAAUCUCCAAGAUCACCCUGCACCUCCACCGCAGCGAGCGUGUUCAGACGCACGCGACAGGGUGCGUGUGAAACGACACUUGCUGAAGAUGUAAAUGCCUCUGUGUUCAGAAUGUCAGCUCAGGAGCUUGCCAUGCAGCUCUGCAAGGAAGGGGACCAGCACCUAGCUAUGAAUGAGCUGCCGCUGGCCACGGCUUUCUACAUGGCUGCAUUCAGCUGCAGUGCACUCCUGGCAGUGCAGAAAGUCAAGUCCCUUGGGAAGGGGCCCUGGGAGAAAGUGAUAGCUACCCUGGAGACGUGGUGCACAGGCAGGAGUCAGAUUCCCAGCAUACACUGCAACAACUUGGCCAUUGUGUCACUCAACGUGGGAAUAGCUGCAGUCUUCCUAUCCACCCUAAGCCCCAACAACUUGGCUUCCUCUGUAUUCAAGCUGGAGGCCAUGCUCAGGCAGGGGCGCUAUGAAGAGGUGGUGAGCCGGUGCAAUGCCCUGCUCAGCACUCCUCCCAAACACUCAGUGGACCUGCUGCUGACGAGGGCUUUGGCACGGGUGCUGUCGGGGACACAGUCUGGGAACGGAGUUGUGGACUAUAUACAAGCUUUCGUGACGCACCGAGCUGAGACAGUGGCGUAUCUACGCAGCAGGCAGCGGGAACACCUGCCACUGGUGAUCCAGACCUUCUCUGAUUACCUAUCAAUGCAACGGGAGACAGGCCCAGAUAGCAGGGCCUUGGAUGGCCAGUUGGGUGACUGUUAUGACUUCCUUGUUGCUGUGGCACCGAAUGGCAUCCAGGUAUGCCAGGCAGAGGCCGCAUACCUCUACGAGAAACACAAAUUCAAUGAGUGUGUGGCAGUUUACAGCAAGGCUAUGGAAGCCUUAUCUGCUGGUAGCAAGUUCGGAGAUGAGAGAGCUUUGGGUGUCCUCCUAGGCCGGGCCGCUGCUUACUUCUCCUUGGGUGGGCGGACACAGGAGAUGAUGCAGGACUUGAUAGAUGCCUUCAGGAUAAGCCCUGGCCAAGCAAAGCAGCACUUUGAUGAGCUUUUCUCAUCUUGUGACACUGAGAGGAUUAAAGAACAGGCCAGAGCUGUCCUGGAUGUAGAGUUUGCAGCCUACAGGGAAGCCGUGCGUUCUCGGCCGGAGCUCCGAGAUGAUGCUGGCAGAGAACUGCUUUCCCCAGUCAUCCACACUCUCCAGUUCCUCAUUCAGAUCGCCCCAGGGUCCAGGCGUGAGCUGAGUGUCCGGCUGGCGGAUUGCCAGCUGCUGAGCAGGCACGUCCACAGCGCCCUGAAGAUCUGCAGCCACCUCUUGGAGUCUGAGCAGAAUACUUAUUACAACAGCCUCCUGGUCCUGCGCGGGUUUUGUUACCUCCACGCCAAUGACUGUCAGCAAGCCCUGCCAGACUUCCAGAAGGUCAUCGAGCAUGACUCCCCACACCCCAACAGUUGUGUGAAAGCCCUGUGCGGGCGGGGACUCAUCCGGAUUUUGGGUGGCAGUCCUUACCUCACGGCCCUGGAUUAUAUCACUGCCUGUCGACUGAGAUUAGACGAAACCAUCCUCACUGUCAAGUCCUAUGUGCCCUGGAACCAAAGAGGGCUGCUCCUGAAGGUGCUCCAGGAAGAAGGGCAGAAGAUACUCCAGAAAAAGCCAUCUCCAAAAGGCAGCUCAGCCUUCAGGCAAAAGAAAGGAGCAGGACUGAAUGGAUUCCUGACAAAAGAAGGGGAUGCCUUCGGGGUUCACCAGCUGGCUUCUCUCUUGAUGGAGCUGGACCCUUCUGAUGAAGCAUCUCAGAUCCUGUGUGCCGAUGCCCUGUACCAGCUGGAUCGGGUGGAAGAAGCUCACAGAGUCCUCUUGGUAGCCCUCUCUAGGAAUCCCCAGAGGUCUCCCAUCCUGGCAAGGCUGGCGCUGCUGCAGCUGAAGAAGGGAUUCUUGUACGAUGGGACUCAGUUGCUAAAGAAAGUGAUCCAAAUCGGAGACACUUCCUGCCUCCUGCUGAUCAUGGAUAUUUUCAAAGACGAAGACCGAAAGCUGAUGCAAACUCACUGCCACUCCAGGGCUAUGACCAUCCUGAAGAAUAAGCAGGGAGAUACUUAUGUCAAAGAAGCUAUUGCCAACCUUUCCUUUGCUAUCAUUGCAUCAGGUGGCUACGCUGAAGAGUCCCUUCUCACCAGGGCCCGAUGUUAUGGACACCUUGGCCAGAAGAAAACCGCGAUUUUUGAUUUUAAUGCCAUCCUGAAGGAGGACCCUAGAAAUGUACAGGCCCUGAGCGGAAGGGGAUUCAUUUACCUUGCCCUGAACCAGCAGAAGGAGGCAGUGCAGGAUUUGACUUCAGCUCUCAAAGAGGAUGCAGCAGUGGUAAUCCCAGAGAUCCUAUCCUUAAAGCAUGAAGCCCAAGUGCUCAUCACUCAGUGGCUACUUGACCACUGCAGGACUGUGUUAACAGAACUUGUUGCCGAUAAGGACCUUCCGAAGGAAGAGACUUUCAAGGAUCUCAUUGUGAUUGGUGGAUCUUUAAUUAAAAUUAACAGCAAGGAAGCAAGAUGUCACAUCUUAUAUACAGACAUCUUAAUUGCAGUUGGGAGGUAUGAGGAUGCCCUUCUACAUCUUCAGGAGUCAUUUGGCCAGGCUAUAGCCGACAAAUCUGCCAACGCUCGACUUGCUGUGCUGCAACUGAAGAGGAGAAACAUGUUGCCAGCUGCUCGCUCCUUGAGCACUUUAGCUGAGAAAGGCCACGGGGAGCUGGGAUUCCUCUUGAACUUUUUAGAUGCUAAGCAACGACAGAACCUCUCUCAGGUAGCAGCCCAGGAAGGAAAUGCAUUGAUUAAGGACCAUCACUAUGAGACGGCUCUAAAUUAUUACUCCCUGGCUAUCUUAACAAGCAACAAUAAUCCACAAUACCUUCGGCAACGUGCUGCCUGCCUAAUGCACCUGAAGGACUAUGGCCAGGCUUUAAAGGAUGUGGACAAGGUGAUCCAGAAACAUGAGUCUCAUGGCCUAAGAGCUCAAGUGGAGGAUCACUGCUCAAAGGGUCAGAUACUCUUAUCACUUGCAGAAGCAGAAGCCGCAGUUAAAGAGUACAUUCAGGCAUUGCAACUAGACCAGUCCCUGGCCUUGUGCAGCAUCACUAAUGGCCCCGGUAGGAAAAUUUUGGCCCAAACAUUUCACCAAAUUGCACAACAUUAUUUUGAAAUUCCCCAUUACGAAGAGGCCUGGAGAACUGUGGAUUACGGUCUCAUAAUUGACAAAAACAAUAAUGAACUCAAGAAACUAAAAACAAGAAUUAAACGAGAGGCAUCCGGGUGCAGUGUUCAUUAAUCUGUUCUGUUUUGCCCCAUGAUCCAUUGGCUAUGGUUUUUGUUUAUGUGAGAACAAAGGAGAGGGUUAGAAGUUUACCAUAUACAGCACCAUCCAAUUAAUGUUCUGAGUAUCUUUUGCAUGGCACAAUAUGAACUCUGUACUGUGUACAGCAGAAUCAAGGGUUUCAGAGGAAGUUACAAACAUUAGAGCAAAACUGACCAAGAAAUUGAAGUAAAGGAAAGGAGUGCAAACUUCAAUAUCCAGUAUCUUUUUCAAUUAUUUUUGACACAUUUAUUAAAAUUUAAGAUUUUGUUAUGGAGCAGGUAUUUUCUCUGGAUAGUCUGAAGAUUAAUUCUGGCUAGCACAGUCUUCUGUCAGAUUGAAGGGAAAUUCUAAAUGGCGUGCAAUGUUUGUGAAUAAUUAGUGUAUUAAUACUAUUGACUGCUAUUCUUUUCUUUACCUGUAACAUUCAUUAGCUGUCUCAAGAGAUCCUGCGCUGUAUAUGUCAAAUGAGGAGGUCAAAUGGAAGCAUUAUGACUGUCGCAGCAAAGAAGACAUUUGCUAUGCAUUUUAUGUUGCUCAUUGGUAUUCAGUCUUGCCAAUAUCCCAAUCCUGAGAUAAGGGGAGCUCCGCAGCUGGGUUUGAGGGUGCUCAGUCCCUUUACCGAGCAGACCACAAAUGCUUUAUACAGACAAUUGCUCGUAGGCUAAAGAGACGAGCAGGAUUUAAAAUAAGUGAUUUAAAAAUGUACCUUAUUCAUUGGUUCACAGGAAAAUCAUAGAAAGUGCUCAAUACACAGACCUGGGGUGGGCAAACUUUUUGGCCUGAGGGCCACAUCUGGAAAUUGUAUGGCACGCCAUGAAUGCUCAUGGUUCUGGGCCAAUGGGAGCUGCGGGGGCGGCACAGAUGCAGCCCCCGGACAGUAGUUUGCCCACCCCGAUACAGACCCAUAGCCUCAAGUUAUCCUUAUAUAACAUUUAUAUAGUGAUAUUCCUUAGAGGGCAAUCAGGUCAGGGCCAUGCUGUGCUAGGGGCUGUACAACUGUAUAGCAAAUGACAGCCCCUGCACCACAGAGCUUGCAGUCUAAGAGACAAGACACAACAGGCUGAUGGAAUUCCACUGGACCAAAUAGAAAACACAGUGCAGAGAAUGGUGCAUUGGAUGGGGAAUGGACCGGACAAAGACCUUUCCAGUUGGCAUCCACUUUGCAUCUAGAGUGAGUACACAAAGUGCAGAGCAGUGGCACACGGGGCCCCAGAAUGGCAGUGCUUUAUAGUCACUUUGCACUGGUGUAACCAGUGACUCCAGGUGGCCUAUUCCAUCUCCAAUACCAGAGUCCAUGAAAUGGGACAAUAUAAUUAUGGGGGGGAGGGGGCAAUAAAAAUCUGCUGUUGUAAACAAUCUUCAAAACCAUCCUGGAAAACAAGACAGUUGCUUUACUAUUUUGAUUUAGAUUAGAAGGGGAAUCGGAACAAAUUCACCCCUUUUGUGAUGAAUUUACAUUGUUCACUGAACGACAACAUUCCAGUAUAAAACCGCAAUUGACUCCCCUGGAACCAACCCAGCAGCCAGUGAAUGUGACUGUAACCUUUUGACAUAACUGUUUUUUCCACCUUCAGAGCACAGGGAGGGUCGGGUUGGGUUUCUUUUCCUUUUCAAGGUCAAGACAGUUUCCAACGAAUUUACUGCUGGAGACAUUGAGAAGUAAUUAUUCCUCCUGAUUGGCAUCAAAAAGCCAUAGAACAGCUUCUUCCCAAGCAUGAAAUUAUAUUUUUUAGACUAAUGGUGGCUACACUUGCAAGCGGAAAGGAGUAGGCUGGCUUGUGGAGAAUACUGAUAUUUCUUCUGCAGCACAACCACCAUUAAGAGUUUUACAGCACAUCAUUUUGGGAAUCAUUUUCGGGGACUGGUUUGUUGUUGUUGGGAUUCACUGAACUAAUGAGUCACAUCACAGCCUCGUGACAUCAGGUUUCCUGUUAACAUGUCUUCUCUUAAUUGCUGUUUCUGUGCCCGAACAACUGGUGUCAGUCAGCCGAUCACGUCUCUCUCAUGCAAAUGUGCGCCUUUCAUGGCGUUUGCAGGGCUGCUGUCCAAUCACACUCUAUAUGUUCCCUGUUGCUUGCAAUUUGCUUCUUGUCAAGACAAUUUAAUGCUGGUGAAGGUGCCACAUAGGCAUCCCUAAAGAAUGAAGGCCUCGAGGCCCUCUUACACAGGUAUCCAAGUUUCCCUAGCCUGUAUUAACUUCAUUCUGAGAGCCCACUGACCAGAUUUUUCUCUGUUAUCACUGUUGUAAAUCAGGAUUAAUUCCAGUGUAAAACCUGUAUGAGACUCAGACUCCACACCUCUUGGGAGUGGCUGGGGGAAAGAACUGGAUAGCUCGUUCAGCCCUUGGUCCCUCUGCUGAGGGCAGUGUGUUGCCAACCCUCACAAUUUUAUUACGAGCCUCACAAUAAUUGGUGUUUUCCCUUAAAGCGCCAGCUCCCAGUGCCAUGUGAAUCUCAGCUUGCAUCUUUUAUGUAAACAUCUCAUUGUCACGGCUGCUGCGAAGCAUGAAAAUGGGGCCUCAGCACAGCCUAAAGGCUCAAAAGCCAGAAGGCAAAUCGCGAGCCAGAAGCUUUAGCCAGUUUCUUUUAAUAUUAACCUGAUCCCAACUAAGUAACGUAUGAUGUAGGAUGUCAAUUUUUUGUAGCUUCGCCUUAAUAAAAAGUUUCAAAACUGUU